AUGUCCACAGAGCGGAGAAAGCACAGCCCGGCCUUCAAGGCGAAAGUUGCACUGGAGGCAAUGAAGGGCGAGCAGACGGUGGCCGAGUUGGCCGCCCGGUUCGAGGUCCACCCCAACCAGAUUCAGACUUGGAAGAAGGCCUUAGUGGAUGGCGCGGCCGCUAUAUUCGGCCAAGGCAACGGGACCAAUAAGGGCAAGGAGCAGAAGAACAAGAACAACGACGCCCUGGUGGCUCGCCUGUACCAGCAGAUCGGCCAGCUCAAGGUGGAGCGGGAUUUCUUGGAGGAAAGGUCCGGUCCAUGA